UCUGUUGAUAGACAUUUGAGUCCUUUUUAAUUUCUUUUUGUUUUUACAAAUAGUCCUGAAAUGAAUAGCCUGUGUAUACAUCUUUUAUCUUUGCCAGUGUUAUCUGUGGGAUGGAUUCCUAGAAGUGGAAUUGCUGGGUCAAAGGUUAAAUUUAUAUUUCACUUUGUGUGGUAGCUAUUUGUUAAGCCACUAUUUUAAGUGGCAAGGAAUGGCCUCUGAAAAUUUCCCUGAUACCAAGAUUCGUCUCUUUUUUUGAACUUGUUUCUUAUCAGUAAACAUGAAACUGUAUAUUAUUUUGUGUACGCGUGUAUAUGCUUUGGAAGCAAAAAACAAAAUGGAAAAAAUCAAGUGUCCAGAACCAUUCUCUCCAGCCUCUGAACUCAUUUGCUGCAAUUCUUUAUUGACCAGUAGAGGCCACUGUUGAAUAACAAAGCUGGCGGGAAGGCCAGCGCACACCCGGGCAGGUCUCUGUGCAGAGCCUGCAUCGCCAGGAGCAGGUCUGGAGCUGCAGUUUUUAGACCACCCUUUCCCCUCCCUAAGGGAGGGUGUCACACAGGGGAGUGCCAAAGGGGAACUCCAGAUGAAGAAUAAAGCCAGCUCUCUUUGGUACGAGCUCUUCUUCAUGGUCCCACGAAAGUGAUUUGUAAAACUUUUGUGUGUUCUGCUGCCAGGCCUCUACUUAGUUGCCCACUGACAUUGUGUUUCUCCCGCACCCCACCUGCUUAGCAGUUUACAGUCUAUCUGCCUUAAUCUGUUAUUUUUUUCUUAUAAUUAGGCGGUUUGGCUGGAGACACAAGAAUGGGACUAGAUUUGAGAUGACUGGGUGUAGGAAGCCUGGCAAAUUAGGUUCUGUGGUUACUUCUCCUGAUCUACUACUCCACAUGGAGAGACACAGAGGGAGACCAUCAGGGGGUGUCUGUGAAACCCAAGGUCUUAGUCGGCUUGGUACUCGACCUCAUUCACAUGCAGUUCCCACCCGCCCCUGAAAUGUUUAAUGCACUUGGCCCUUGGGGCCAGCACUUGCCUUUGGCCUGCCUUGCUGGCCCCUCCUUGCCACUCUGCCUCCUCUCACUGCUGGGUGUCAGUACACCCUUGUGACAGCACUUAGGUCUCUUCAGGACCUCUGUUCCCUGGAUCAGGGCUUCUCAGCAGGUGUUAGUGGCAUUUUGAGUGAAAUAAUUUUUCCUUGGGUAGGCUUUGUUCUACACAAGGUUGUGGGUUCAUUAAAUGAUUAAUUGAUAUAUUAGUCCUUUCUUAUACUGCUAUAAAGAUACUACCUGAGACUGGGUAAUUACAAAGGAAAGAGAUUUAGUUGACUCACAGUUCUGCAUAACUGGCGAGGCCUCAGGAAAUUUAUAAUCAUGGCAGAAGGGGAAACAGACCUCUUCUCAAGGUGGCAGGAGAGAGAAGAGCAGGAGAGAGAAGAGCAAGCCAAGGAAGAACUUGCCACACACUUAUAGAACCAUCAUAUCUCCUGAGAACUCACUAUCACGAGAACAGCAUGAGGGAAACUGCCGCCAUGAUCCAGUCACCUCCUACCAGGUUCCUCGCUCAACACUUUGGGGAUUACAAGUCAAGAAUUAACACUGAAUCCUCCGGAAGGAAUUGUAGCAGGCCCCAUGAAUGAAGAGAAUUUUUUUGAAUGGGAGGCAUUGAUCAUGGGCCCAGAAGACACCUGCUUUGAGUUUGGUGUUUUUCCUGCCAUCCUGAGUUUCCCACUUGAUUACCCGUUAAGUCCCCCAAAGAUGAGAUUUACCUGUGAGAUGUUUCAUCCCAACAUCUACCCUGAUGGGAGAGUCUGCAUUUCCAUCCUCCAUGCGCCAGGCGACGACCCCAUGGGCUACGAGAGCAGCGCGGAGCGGUGGAGUCCUGUACAGAGCGUGGAGAAGAUCCUGCUGUCGGUGGUGAGCAUGCUGGCAGAGCCCAAUGACGAAAGUGGAGCUAACGUGGAUGCGUCCAAAAUGUGGCGCGAUGACCGGGAGCAGUUCUAUAAGAUUGCCAAGCAGAUCGUCCAGAAGUCUCUGGGACUGUGAGACCUGGCCUUGCACAGGCGUACACACACCGCCAAGCAGCUCAGCAUUCUCCCCUGGAGCGCUUAGUGACAGUGAUACUCUGUGCUGGCACCAAACAAGGCAGACUUGCAAGAACCACAGCAUCUUUUUUUUUUUUUUUAAACCUUUCCCACUUCAAACAGGCUUCUCUUCUGAAAUGAUGACUUAAUGUCGAAUAUUGACAGCUUACUGCAGUUUUACAGUAUUCCUCACAAAGGGCUUCAGGUAGAUUAUCAGAGCUGUCAGCACUACCUCUCCCCGCUGAAACCAGCAGUUCAUGGCUUCCUGUGGAUUCCCUCCCUCCCUGGAGUGUUGAGGGGGUUGUACCUGCCAGACUUCCAGGGGACGAUGGAAUACCCAGAACGCUCCUUCUGAAGAAAUGGGGCCCUGUAGCUGCAGCACAGGGGAAGGGCCCGGCACCCUUUCUGGGUCCCUCCUGGUUCCCUGUGGGCCCCAUGAGGAGUCCAUUACUUCCUUUCUUCUUUCAUAUUUUACAGGCAGAUGCUUUUCUUAUAAUCUAAUUACAUCUUUUUCAUUUGUUACAUAUUACAAACCAUUACACUUAGAAAUACUUCCAGGAAAUGCUUUUUUAAAGUGUGAAUUAAUAAGAAAUGGGGUAAAUAGAAAAGAAAUUUAUGGCUGAUUGGCCAGGCGCGGUGGUUCAUGCCUGUAAUCCCAGCACUUUGGGAGGCCAAGGCAGGUAGAUCACAAGGUCAGGAAAUUGAGACCAUCCUGGCUAAUACAGUGAGACCCCAUGUCUACUAAAAUUACAAAAAAUUAGCUGGGCGUGGUGGUGCACGCCUGUAGUCUCAGCUACUCAGGAGGCUGAGGCAGGAGAAUCGCUUGAACCCGGGAGGCAGAGGUAGCAGUGAGCUGAGGUCCCGCCACUGCACUCCAGCCUGGGCAACAGAGCGAGACUGAGUCUCAAAAAGAAAAAAGAAAUUUAUUGCUGAUCACAAGGACAGACAGUUUUUUUCCUGACCAUACUCGUCAAAGAUUUACAUUUGUAUAUUAGUAACUAGUGCAUUACUAGAGCAGGUGCAGGUGAGGUCUUUAAAGUUUCAAUGAAAGUUUCUUCUGGAUCUACAGAAAAAAUUUUUUUUUUUUUCAAUCUAAAAACUGGAAAUUCUAGGGUUUUUGUACAUUCUGGAUGCACUGGGAAUUUAUUAGUACAAAAUCAUUCUUUGCAACUCAAAAGUCAGAAGGGACUCUACCAUAUCUUAGCUCAGAGCACAGAGGAGUGCCUUAUCCCCACACUUGACUGGGCUGUGGAGGUGGGCAUGUGGGCCCCUGGGCCCAGGCUGGGGACAGAGCCCUUGUUUUGUGACUUAGGAUUUUGAUGUGGUUCCCAUGUUCUGUAACAGGGCCAGCUGAGCAGCACAGGCCAGGAGGCCACAGUGUAAGCAAUAACAGAUCUGCCACAUGCAGAAGCAAAUAUCAGGCCUGUUGCACACAGGCGGCAUUUAAAUAGGAAUUUAUAUUUUUGAAAUAAGGGAUGGUCUAUGAGGCAUACAGUAGAUUUGAUGUGAUCCUUUUCUCCCUCCCUUCCAUAAUGGAUUGUGGUCUGUGUGACUGAACCCACACAGAGUGUCAUGGGUGACAGUUUCUGGUUGAAGUAGCUCCAUGUUGGGCUUCUGUGGACAGCACAUUCUUUUCCUUCUCACAAGGGGCUCAUUUAAAAUUUGGAGGCUGGGUACUGUGGCUCACGCCUGCAAUCCCAGCACUUUGGGAGACUGAGGCGGGCGGAUCAUGAGGUCAGGAGAUCGAGACCAUCCUGGCUAACAGGGAAACCCUGUCUCCACUAAAAAUACAAAAAUUAGCUGGGCGUGGUGGCGGGCGCCUGUAGUCCCAGCUACUCCGGAGACUGAGGCAGGAGAAUGGCGUGAACCUGGGAGGCGGAGCUUGCAGUGAGCUGAGAUUGCGCCACUGCACUCCAGCCUGGGCGACAGAGUGAGACUCCGUCUCAAAAAAAAAAAUAGAACGCAGGGCAAGAACUCGUAUUUGGAAGGAGAUGGGGGAAAGGAGCGGUAUUGUACCUAAGUAGUAUUUGCAGGCAAAUGAGGUGGAGCCCUCUUUGUAAAGAAGAGUCAUUUGUGCAAGUAGAUGGGGUCUGUGGGUGCAGGCCCUGGAGGGGCACACAAUUGCCUGGAGGCUUCUGUGAGAUCGGGAGAGGGAGGAGAGGCAGUCUCUUGACAAAGUAUUUUUAUUCAUUUGUAUUUAUUAAAUGAAAAAACAAUCCCAUGGUGUCCCUGUUGUGUGGUGGAACCUAAUCACUCUGUUGAAAUAAAGUUCUGUGUUUUCCCUGC